AUGGGUGGCGAUCUCAAUUUGAAGAAGUCAUGGCAUCCCCAUUUGAUGAAGAAUCAAACGCGGGUAUGGGAGGAAGAGAAGAAAGCCCUCGAAGAAAGAAGGCGUACAGAACAGAGGAUUAAGGAGCUUAAAGAAGAACGAGCGAAGGAAGAGAUUCAAAACAAACUCGAAGCCGCCGGAUCGAGAAAGCGAGUUGAUCGUGUCGAUUGGAUGUAUCAAGGUCCAUCAAGUGGUCAAGCUGGAACCACUGAAGAGAUGGAAGGUUAUCUUCUUGGAAAGAGGCGCAUUGAUGGAUUGAUCAAAGGCACAGAGCACAAAAAUCUCGAGAAACAAGCUUCCGAGGCUAGUUUCAUGGCUUUACAAAAUGCGAAUACUCUACGAGACACAGCAGCUAAGGUUCGUGAAGACCCCAUGCUUGCUAUCAAAAGACAGGAGCAGGCUGCAUAUGAGGCUAUGAUGAAUGAUCCGAUCAAACGACGCAAACUGCUUGAAUUGGCUGGGCAGGACACCAAGGAAGUUAAGCCGAAGAAGGAAAGAAAACAUCGUCACCAUCAUCGGCAUCAUGAUGACGACGAUGAAGAGCGAAGACGAAAGCGUAGGAGAGAUGAGAAUAGGGAUGGUCGGGAAGAAGAUCGCAGUCGCAAGCGUCGCAGAAGUGGUGAUAAUUACGAUGACGAUAGAGAUCGCAGAAGUCGCAAACAUGAAUAUCGACGACGUUCAGAUUCAUAUUCAAGAUCUCGUUCCCCUGUCGAAAGACGAGAUAGUUUUGGCAGAUCACGAAAACCAAGAUCAGUAUCACCGGAUAAUAGAGAAAGAGGACGGCCAAUAAGAGAAAGAGACUACGACCGCCGAAGACCUGUGUCACCAAAUGAACGGCAAGAUAGCAGACCAGACAGGAAUCAAGACAAAAAACAGAGAAGGAGAAAUAGUUCAUCUCCAGAUUCUAGAUCCCCCACGCCAGAACGACGAAGGUCCCCGGAUAGGAGGAGAUCUUACCCAGCAGAUAGAGAUGAUAGAAGGAAUGGUUACGACCGAAGGGAUAACGGGAACAGAUACGAUAAUCAACGUAAUGGAAAUGGUUAUGGCAGACGCGAUGAUAGAAGACCUCAUGGUGGACAUCAGCAGGCGAAUGGACCUUCGGAAGAAGAGAAGGAGGUUGAGCGACAAAAGAAAUUGGCCGCUAUGCAGCAAGAUGCAUCAAGUCUGGAAACUGAUCGGGAGAAGCGACUAAGGGCAUUGGAGGAACAGGAGAAGGCCGCCCAUGAAGCUGAGGAUAGGGCACGAACCAAUACAUCAAAGUACUCGGACAAAGGCGAUUUCAUCAAUGGUCUCAAUCGAACAGCUGGAAAUAUGAAUCUCGGUGAUCGAAUCGGGCGUCGUGCAGGACAAGGAUUCAUCAAGGAAGAGGAGUGA